AUUCUCGGCAACGUAUGUAAAGUGCAUUGUCCAGUCUGCGUUUGUUUUUUCGAACAAGUAGAACUUCAACUGAAAAUAGACCUUUAUUCUUUUCAUUCACGACUACCGAUAAAACACGAACUGCAACAGGUGCUACAGCAAGAGUCUAGUACUCAAGCUCAACACAACGCUUGCGGUGUUUGUUAUAAAUUAUACUAACGUGUACUAUUAAAGACCUGACCAAAGUAGAAGCUUCUUCUACCUGUACCUCCUGUUUCCGUGCAAUAAAAAUCACACCAUGACUCGCAACCCUCUAAUAGAAUUGAUAGCCGGAAAAUUUCCCCGGAGACCUUCGAGGGACCGAUGCGCGAUAAUUUGGCAAACGAAGAGCCUCUGAAAAGUAGCUUCCGAAAAGUGCAUCUGAGGUGCAUCUGAGAUGAAAUAGUGUUUGAAAAGCGGAAAGUCGCUAGCGAGAAAAAAUUGAAAUUCUCGAAAAGUGAAAAAUCAGUGAUUUUUCACUCUCUGAAAAUUUUCUGAAGUCGAUGGAGCGUGCACUCUUUUCAGGUUGACAAUUUUCGAAAAGUGGAAAUCAUUUAGGAGUGAAAAAGCACUGACUUUCUACUUCUCAAUGAUUUCCAUUCUGGAAGAGUGAACACGGCCUCGACUCCCGAAAAUUUCAAAAAGUGAAAAAUCACUGACUUUUCACUUUUUGAAAAUUUUCACACACUCUGAGAAACGCGGCUUUGACUCCAAAGUGAAAAUGUUGCAAAAGUGAAAAAUCUUGCGAAUUUUCUGGAGUCGAGGCUCCACAGUGAAAUUGUUUCAAAAGUGAAAAAUCAGUGAUUUUUCACUUUUUCGCGUUCAGUCUUCUCAGAGUGAAAAUUUUCAAAAAGUGAAAAAUCACUGAUUUUUCACUACUUUUCUCGAAGGUACCCGUGGCCACGAAGGCCUUCGUGACAACGGGUACCUUCGAGAAAAGUAGUGAAAAAUCAGUGAUUUUUCACUUUUGAAAAAUUUUCACUUUUGAGGCGAAGCCGCGUUUCUCAAUUUUUUUCAAAAGUGAAAAGUCAAUUAUUUAUAUUUUUCACUUUUGAAAAAAAUUGAAACUCACUGUGGGGCCUCGGCUCCAGAAAAUUUCCAAAAAGCGAAAAGUCACAACUGAUUUUUCACUUUUUCAAAUUUCUCACUCUGGAGCCGAAGCCGCGUUCACUCUUCCCAGAGCGAAAAUUUUCACAAAGUAAGAAGUUAAUGACUUUGCACUUUUGAAAAAUUCCCACUCUGGAGCCGAAGUUGCGUUCACUCUUCCCAGAGUGAAGCAAGGCCGUUUGGCAGGUCGGCAAGUUUGUGAAAGCGCCUCAAGCUGCUCUUCCGCGAUUUCUUAAUUAUGAUCGAGCUGUAGGACGAGGCUUUGAGUUAAUUUGAGCAGCGGCUCCUGUUCAUGCGAUGAAGCUUCAGAUUUGCAGUGUCCCUCCGAUCCUCGCAUUGUUGGAAAGGCUUUCUGAGUCUCAGACGAACGAAAAAGCGCGUACAAACUAUCGAACUUGCGCGAUUUUUGUCCCUCGAAGUCGUUCGGAGAAGUUUUCCGGCGAAGAGGGGGGGGCUUUUGCGAGUCAUGAAUCACACCUUAUGUCGUUUGAUAACUUUAUGGCCCCACUGCAUCCUGCAAACGACCUGUGCUGACUUCAUCCCUCCGGGCCUGUGUCGACCGAUCGGAAAGAGCAGCAGAAGCAGUGUUUAUUGCACUUACCUCACAUAAUCUUAUUUCCUUCACUUCACCUUUACGCGGACUAACACCUUCGCUACUUGCAUACUGCAAUUAUUGCAUCACCACCUUUUUGAAGCGGCAGCAUCUAUCUGUUCCAGGCGAUCUAUCUGAAUAUAGAAAAAGAAUGUCCGCCCCAGUUCCACAAAGAAACGCGGCUUUUGCCUUCACAGCCGCGUGCUGUUUUCUCAGCAGCACCGCGGUCGUCCUUGGCGGCAAAGUUGGCAGGACAGCAAGCGGGCCGACACCGCGCACGAUCCGAAACCCGCGCUUGACGAAGGAUGUUGCAACUACAUCGCGGAGCACAGGAGGAGCGGCCUCUUCAGGCUCUACUGCAGUAGAUCACGAGCAAGAACACCCUCUUCAGAGCAAUGUCGCACCCGCCGGGCGUCGUCGCACGCAGCCCCACCAGCAGCACAAGCCGAAAAGUGCAGCAGUCUAUGCGAGUUCCACCGCUGCGUCGGCGAUGGCCGCAGCGGUAGAGGAGGAGAACCUUGCAGUUGGCAAUUACAGCCUUAACAUUAUCCCUGCUUCCGCCAAUUAUGCUGCCACGAACGACGUCGGCGCUCCCUCGUCGGACAGCAGCGCCGCCGCAGUUCAGACGCCGCCCCAAGUAGGAGGACCGCUGCGAGGAGGAGGACGCGCGGCGAGCAACAAAUGGCCUGUUGACCUACAACCUUUACCAACUACUGGAGGACAACCCGAGGACCCCGCAAUGCAGAUUCCGCUACAGGCACACCAACUGCCACAGCUCCUCGUCGCGCAAGAUACUUCUAAACCGACGUCGGUGCACCAGCUGGACCCUCACCGGGUCGCGGCUGGACACCAAGAACACUCCUCGCCGCAGCAACACGCCUCCGCGCUGCCGGUUGUUACGAACGACCUGCGAAACAUGCGCCGGUUUUUACCAGCGCAUGCGCAAACGAAACAGCAGGAGGAGCGCAAGGACCUCUCUGGCAUGAUGCAAGAGCUGGCGGAGCGGAGCCAGGCUUGGCUGAAGAACCCUGAAGCAAACAACUACUUCGAUUAUGUGCCGGUGGACGAGAGUCAACAUGAUGCAAAAAAAUGGUACCAUGAGAUGACUCUGGAGUAUGAGCUGUCUGAGCCCACAUCUUAUGGAUUGUAAAAGUGUCUGGGUCUGAGAGGUUGGAACUUGUAAUGCUAGCUUUCCAUACCUAGAAAAUCUGUAUUGCAUAACCAACAAAAGUCGCAGACCCUUUUGUACAUGCAAAGACGCAGCUUCUCAUGCGGAUUUCCUAUGAGAAAGCGUUCUGGAAAGUUGUCAUGCUGGGUUGCAUUCGGAACUGUUUCCAUCAUCCACCUUUUAGCAUCACAAGUUUCCAGACCCAGACAUUUUUGCAAUGCAUACAUCUUCCUUGCCAGACGAGGCUUUGGAACUGCCCCCGGCCGCCGAUAUCAAAUGCAAAAAUGUCUGGGUCUGGAAAAGUGUAGGCUUGUCAUGCAGAUUUUCCACUACCCUUGAGGUCUGGAAUGCGGGACUUGGCAUGACAGACUCUGCGAGGUCUCUGCCAUGCCUAUCCUGCAUGAGAAACUCCCUUUCAACUUGGUCAAAAGUGUACAGCUUUUGGCACUCAUGCAACACAGAUUUUUGCAUGAUUCAGAUUUACCAUGACAAGUUGCAAUCUUCCAGACCCAGACAUUUUUGCAUUUCAUAGCCGAAACCCCACUACAACAGCAGCAGAAAAAUCAAAACCAGAAGUCGCCCUCGUUUAUGCCCUCGGAUAUGCGGUUUGACGAGCGUGGCCUCGAACCGCAGCUGGUGAACGCCCUGAGCCAGGCUUUGUCGCCGCAACACACGCCGUAUCACUGUGCACAACUUCCCCUCUUCCUCAUUUGUCAUGCAAAAGCCCAAAUCCAAAUGCUUCCCUGCGGCACUGUGUGCAUGACAGAUUUUUCCGGAAGCCCAAACAGUACUACACUAGGCGCAUAAACUUGUCAUGCACAGGCUCCACGUGUGCUGGUGUGUGUAUUGCUGUUCAUGCAAUACAAAUGAGGGGGAGGGGGGGUUGUGCACUCUCAUACGCCGAUGAGUCUUGGCGGGAUCAGCAGGACCAGUCCGGCGGCCUCCAAAUAUGCGAGUCCGGCGCAGGGACCAGUGAUGUUCUGGCCCGGCGCGGGUGGUGGAUUUCAGAUUUCCUCGAAACAUUCCAGUCCGGCGCAACGGCCAGCCCACCUGAAUACUCCGCCGCCGCCGGGGCUGCCGCCUCCGUCGCUCCGGAGUCGAUUCCCCUUGUCAACGGGGUCGCCGCAAUCGACAAACGCGUCACCGGCACAAGAGUUGGCUUUUGGGGGUGGAUUGGAGGACAAGGAGGAGCUCGAGUUGCUGCAGGCUUUCUCGCUGGGGGGCGCGUUUUCUCGGGCCACCAGUCAAGAGGCAGACGAAAGUGCGGAACAACCAGAACGCCAAGUCGGUGCGUAUGCAUUGUGAGAGUAGUUGUAUAUCGAAAUGGCAUUUUUGCAAGUGCGGUGAUGCUUAUGCAGGUUAUCAUGCCUUAAAUUUUGGCAAAUAAAAAAUGGCGACUUGUAAAGGAAAAAUAUACAACUUGUUGUCAAGUAGAACGAAGUACCAGUACGAGUGCGAUUAUACAACUUGUUUUGCAAUGCAUAGUGCAGAUGUUGAUCAGAUGUCAAUUGGCGUGCCGUCUAGUAUGCAACAACACCCUGCGUGGACGACCACGACGGGGCGAGAUUUGAAAACUACUUCGGGUUUUAGCAGCUUGUGCCGCGGUGCCUCCGGUAGCUUUGACUCCACCGUCCGCUCGCCUAGUGCCGCCACGGCCAGCACUCUGACGCCCGUGCCUUCGCUGCCAAAGGUGGCGUCCUGGUGCACCACCACCAGCGACGGAGCAACGGAUCAGAUGUUUGCAGCAUCGAGCACCAGAACUCCUGUUGGCAAGGGGAAUGCCGUGCCGCACAGCCAGCGCUCCUCGCCGAAGCAGAAGCCCGCUGCUUCUAGCGGCAAAACCGCCGGGGCCUGGGGGGCGGCCUAUAGUUCUACUGCUUCGUCGCAGAGUGGUCCCGUCAUGACAGGAUCUUCCGACACUACAAUUACACCGAAGGCGCCUGCUCCGCAGUACCAGCCGUCCGCGGCUGCGCCAUCCUCCAGAGCAGGGGCCGACGGGCUACCGGGGCGAAAUGACGGCUGGGAAAACAUGCACUCCAAAACGCGCAUUUGUAGCUUUUGGAUGAAGGGGCUGUGUUCGCGGGGCUCUGCUUGCGGGUUUGCGCAUGGUCGGGCGCAACUGCGACAGCAACCGGACCUCUACAAAACCAAGCGCUGCGCGUACUUUUGUUUUAUAAUUUGCAGCGGAGGAGGAACAUAUGAAAAGCACAACUUCUAAUAUCGUACUCAUCAACCAAAGCCUACGCCUAAAUGUUGGUUUAUGAAACGCAAUAGCGAAUCCAAUUUUUACGGUCGUAAAAAGUGAACCAAUAUUACAAGACUCGCUACAUGGUUUCGGUUUGUAAAAGACAACGGAACGCAGGAAUGUUGCCUAGUGAUAUUAUUUUACUGGCAAAAAACAACAGGACUUUCGACCGAUAUGGCCACUGCCAGGCUGGAGAAAAUUGUAGAUUUGCUCACGGUGGUGACGAGCUGCGACGUAUAGCUCCAAAAAUUUUUCUUGGGUUCUUUAUUUUUUUUUUCCCCACAGCACCGCUCUAGCGACUGCGACGAGACCAUGGAAAAACAUAGUUGCUUGUGGAAGAAAAAAAAAAUACUAGCGUAGAAUAGAAGCUGCAAACCACGACCGCUAGGAUGAGCUCGUGAACAACCACUCAAUCAAUUUUCCAACGCAAUAAUUAUGAUAUACAACUCACAAAUCAAAUCAAAAUCUACAAUUUAGGACCCUCCUUUCCGGGUGAAACAUUUCCCCACCCGCCCGCUUCGGAGCCCGACCUGGAUACCGGCUAUAACACGCUUGCCAGCCCCGGCGCCAGUCCUCCGUUCACGUUCUCGGGCACAGGACCGGCCCCCUCGCAUAGAAGUGCCGCGUCGUUUUAUUUAUGGAUUGCAAAUUAUAUUUCUGGGUCUGGAAGAUUGCGAGAUUUGUCAUGCUUGUCUGGCAUGACAAAAAAGUUUGUGAUGCGUGUCCAAGAAGAGACCCUUUUGCCUGUCAUGCAAAAACGCAGUUUCUCAUGCGAGGAAAAAAAUAACACAAAGAAGCGCAGAUAUUUCUCAUGCUUGGCUGUGCAUUACAGAGCAUUCGCUAUUCCCAACACAGCAUUACAAGUUUCCAGACCCAGACAUUUUUGCAGUUGAUAUUAUUCGCAGCAAGACCACCACCCGCGAGGCUUGGGGAUGCGCCGCAACGCGCAGUCCGCGCCGAGCGCUUUGCACACUUGGGACGGCGGCCAAAUGGGGGUCAUGAACGUUAUGUCACAGCAGAAUUUGCAAUUGCCAGCUGGUGGAGUUGUACCAGCAGCAGCAUCCUCCGGGAUCGGCUCCGCAGCGCAGUACAACACCCUCCAGCCGCUCUCCGGCGCGUCUAGAAGUCUUUCUCAGGAUUUGCCGACUUUGCAGCACUAUGUGGAACAAGCCGCGGGCAGUGCAAAUAACGGUGGGGCUGCUGCUGCUACUGGUGCUGCUCCCGCGCACUCUUAUCCUCGGCGCCGUUCGAAUACCCUUCCGUCCUCGCCCAGCCUGAUUCCGUCCUUGGUUAAAAGCCCGGCAACUCCUCUUGGACUCCCGGUUGGGGCCGCUCCUGCGUGGGAACAACUACAACCGGCAUUUUGCUGUUCUUCAUCUUUCAGGGCCGCGCACGCCAAGCAGACCGAACUGCACCUUCUCGAGAAGCAUCAGCGUGUUCUCGACUGCAUUCAGAAUUUGGAGAUGCUGCAGAAACAGUUGCUCGAUCAGGAAUCGGCCGCGCGCGGCGAAGCCGGAGUUGCACCGCCUUCCACAGCAGGAUCUUCGCACCUUCAAGGAGAUCCGCCUCAGCUGCCCAAUCCAUUGAGCAAGCCGCAUCUGCUGCGUCGGGCGAGCAUGUCCGCGCCGCACGGGCUGUGCACACUGGCCGAGGUAUCGCAAGAAAAAAGUGUUACAGUUACACAUUGUGUUGCAGGCCAAGCAAGACAGACCAGCUCUGUCAUGUCGGAUAUGCAUAGGAGCUUCGUUUCAUAGGCGUUUUCCCUUAGGAUUUCUGCAUUGCAAGUUUUCUCUCUAAUCCAGAGAAAUUUGUGUUGCUAAAUUGACAACAAAUGUGUAACACUUUUUUCGUGGGAUACGAGGAAGUUGAGCCUUUCGUCGAGCAGCAGGAGCAGCACCCCUUAUCCCCGGCCCUGACAUCGGCACUGGCACAGUGCGCACAGCGAGCAGCGAUUAGCGGCUCGCUACCCAACCAGCCACUGAAAGUGGUCACGUCUGACGGGGAUCUGCAGCGGUACCAAGUAGAGGAUCCCGAGUAUGGUACAGAAAAAAGCUAGCAGAGGUUGCAUAUUUUUUGUAAAAAGUAGUACCCAAAAAUAGUUAGGUAGGUACAUAAUUUGUUGUUGCCUCAGUAGUUGGUUUUGCACUAGUACAUCGAAUGUGCUGCCCUCCUGCUAGUUUUUUUCUCUGGGACACGGAGCUGGAGCAGCUGCGGGCGGGUCUGAGAAUGCUGCAGGUCAAUAAAACGACGUCGACCACAAGCAGCAGUUCGUGGGAGGGGCGACAGCCGCAACAGGAGGCACAACAGCAGCGCCAAGUUGCUCCGCACAGCGAUGUUGUUGCACCAGGAGCCGGCACAACGACAACGACUCCAGUCGUGCAACAUGAAAAUACACGACAGCCCGCCCACCUGUCUCGCAGCGCGUCAAGCGGAUCGCUUUUACAGCAGAAGAGCAUGCGGCUCGACGUUGCACCCGAAGCGGGGGAGCCCCGCCCACGCGCGCGGACGCACGAUCACUUAGGUCCCAUGUUGCACGACUACAGGGACUAUGCAGGAGACUCAGGAACAGCAAGCACAGGGACGACUACAACAGCACGGGACAACGAGCAUAUAUCAAGCACGCCUGGAGUUGCACAACAAGAUCCACAUCAGAGUCGCUUCUCCGACUUUUCCCUGAGCGAAUCCCUCUCCAACGUGCUGAGUGACCUAGGAUGCGGCACGGCGGGCGGUCGGGCCGCAAAGUUGGGAGGAGGAGGACCUUGGGCGUCGCUGGGUGGAGCAGAUGGUGCUAGUGGUAUUUUGUCCGCAGCAUCUCCUUGUUCCGACAUCGCGAAUCACAUGAGCAUGCUGUGCGGCUUCCAACCGCGGAAAGCACCGCAGCCCUUCGUGGGCGUCGAUCCCGACGGAAUCAGGAAGGGGGUAAGAGUAUUAUACAGAAGGAUUGACUUGACAAUAGUUAUGAAGAUUGUUUGAUUAUUUUGCGAGAUUUUUACUACUCGUCAUCUUCUCCAUGGAGAACACAAACAAACAAUCUUUGUGUGGUCGUCCUACGCACGAGAUGACAAUCGCAUUUGAAAACAUAAUGAGUCAACAUUUUUCAUCCCAGCCUGUGCACAAGAACGCGCACCCGAUCUACAUCGUCCCGCGAGAGGGGCUCGUCGAAGAGGCCAAGAAGAUCGAGUAUCAAACUGAAAAAUGCCCCACCCACGAACUUGGCAGCAUUUGUGUUGCAAACCUUUCGAAUAGAAACAUUCCCCGUCUUGCAUAUAUCAGCAUCACAAAUUUUCCAUGCUGCAUACCUAAAAUUUGUAUUGCAAAGAGCCCAGCUUCAGUCGGAUCUCUUAUGCAAAAGAUACCUUGAUCGCCUAGAUUCUGCAUCAGAAAGAAUCGUAGUCCUUCCAUGCAAGACAAAAACUUUUCUUUCGGAAAGUUUGCAUCAGAAACUUCUGCAAGUUCUGGGGUGGGGGCAUUUUUCGUUGUAAUAUCCAGCAGGAGAUGUUUAAGGAACUCAAGGAGCAGGGGAUGUUGAAGCUCCCCGAAGCCGCACCUCCAACUCCGUAGCAAUAGUAUCUAUUUUUCAGACUCACUAAGGAUUACACGCAAGAAAUAUAUCGCAAUCUUGAACGCAAAGAAAAGCGCAAGUUGCAGCGAAUCGCGGCCGACGCAGGACCGAUUCGAGGAGCUUGGCGUGAAAGAAAUGAGGCCAUAAACGAAAUCCGUGAACUUAUCGAUAGUCAGCCCGAGUAUGCUCAUCUCAAAGAGCAACAGCGCCAGCGAAUCGCCCAGGAUUUGUUUAGUCAGGCUCAGAUCGAUCCCGAGGGGCCGAUCGAGCAGGAUGAAGAACUUAGCAACUUAGUUUAUCCCUUUCUGUGUCCAGACUGGGAAAAGCAUGAAGUAGCUUUUUGCUUCAAGGCUACCAUCGCGUCAGCUUCUGUGAAAGAUUCGGAAGUUGAUAAUCAGCCCGACUGGGUUGCAGCGAUCGGUAAAGAAGUGCAAGCGCACUCGCACGUAUUCCGAGCCGCCACCAGUGAAGAAAUUCAAAACUGGAUGGCUGAAGGCAAUAGAUUUAUUCCUUGCCGCAUGAUUCUCAGCGUGAAACGCGACCAGAGAAAGAAAUGCCGGAUCGUGUGCCUGGGUUACAUGGGCUAUGUUUCCAGCCACGAAGGAAAAUUUGCAGAAGUGCCGGACCUAUGCAUUUUGCGUCUGCUUGUCGCAAUCUGCUGCCAGAAUCCGAAUAUCUGCAUGCUGCCCGCGGAUGCCCGCAAUGCAUUUUUGCAGUCGCGUUGCCCUGCUUUUGUUUUAGUAGCGUUAGACGAACGAUUGCAGAAACAGCUCGGAUAUAAGUACGCCGUUGUUUUGUAUGCCCUCAAUGGCUUGCGCCUCUCGCCCGUUGCUUGGUCGAGACAUCGCGACGAAAAGUUGCUGGAAGUAGGAUGGGCUCGCAACCCAUGCGAGCCAACGCUUUGGCAUAAGCAGGAUGUAAUCUUAAUUGUCUUCGUUGACAAUUUUUGGUUCUUCGGCCCGCGCGCCUCCUGUGAAAAAGCCAGGCAAGACCUAGAAGUGCCUCUUCGUCUGUUUCUUGAAGAAGUUAAAGAAACAGCUACGCGCCGUAUCUAUGACUUGCUCAGUAUUGCGCUGCUGCAGGACAAAAAUACUGGCGAUAUUACUUUAUCCCAGGAUGCGUACGUGACUAAGGCUUUAGAGCGGUUCGGCGGGAAUAUAAAUGGGAAGCCAGCACUGAGCCCCAUGUCAACCGCUCCAAACCCUUCGAACGAAGAGAAGCCCGCACUUUUAAAGUUAAAGCAGGAAUACUGUGGCACUUUGAACUACCUUGCCACUAGCACGCGCCUUGACAUCGUAGUAGCAUUGAAAUUCUGUGCAAAAGCAAAAGCGAACGAAGAAACGCUGACCGCGUUGAAGCGUAUCUUUCGUUACUUGCGUACGCGCCGAGUUCUUGUCUACAGGAACAAGCAAGAAAUCUUGAAAGGCAAGCUCACUCUAAGCGGUCUUUUGCUCCCUGUGUACUUUGAAUCUGCCUCCAACAAGUCAAACGGAUUGACAAAAGUUUGCGUUGGAGUAGAGCACACAGCAUUUUGCCGCAUGAAUGGAAUCACUGAAAUGCAGUAAAAAACAACUAUACUUUCAGGAACGUCGUAGCGGAAAACUGGAUUUGA